AUGCUGUCGCGCGCGCCGCACGCCGCGCAGGAGAUGCCGCACGAGGAGGCGGGCGAGGUGGCCGGCCUGCCGGACUGGGCGAACCGCAUCACACACCCUGUUCUUGCCGAGGUCGUUCCGCGCGAAGAGUACGCCGAACAGGAGGCAAACGAGGCAGAAGAAGCGCAGGAAGAAGGCCUCGAAGCCGAGAGCGACUCGACCGAGAAGGGCGAGGACGAAAAGCAGCUUGCAGCGAACCCCUCUGAAAAAGAGCACCUCUUUGACGACAUUUCCAUCUCGUCCGGCGAGCCCGAGCCCGAGCCGGUCGAGCCGGCGGCGACGGGCGAGCUGACGCUCGCUGCCAUCUUUGCGCCGCACCUGCCCUGGACGCGCCGCGCGCUGCUGCUGACAGCUUCGAUCGCAGUAAACGUCGGCCUGCCGUUCAUCAACGGCGUCUUUCUUGGCUUUGGCGAAAUUUUCGCGCGUGCGUUUAUCGCGCCGUGGAUCGGGCUGGCGCCGCCCCUACUGAACUACAACCGGUACUCGCCGUCGCCUGCCGACGUGCCCCCGUUGUCUAGCAUACCCCCCGGCGGCCUGCGGUCCUGGGCCAAAGGACUGGCGGAGCGUGAAGAGAAGGACGAGUAG